GCUGCGUGGUUAUGAAACGGGUGCGCGCUGCCAUCGAAACGUCUCGUCGUUACAGCGAGAAACGGAGAGGACUGACCCCGCGGGGCAUCGGGAACAGCUCGGAACCCCCCCUCUCUCUCCUGUCCACAUCCACGUCCAGGGAGAGCCGGUUGCGGGGCGGGCUCCACACAAAGCGCAUUGAUGUCUCCCCUCCGGCGGGGCCCUCGGCCCUCGCUCGCCCCCCCCUCACCCCCCCUCCCCGGGGAGAGCCCGGACAAUAGCUGGUUCCCAAGCGACCGUUUCAAGCGCCCGGGGUGGGUGAGGGGGGGUGUCAGGGGGGGUGGGAGAGACGCCACUAGAAGAGUCGCAUUGAUCCGCGUCCUCACGCUAUCGAUACGGACCAGACAGACCGCGCAGGAGGUCACGGCCGCGCUUCUGCUAACCAGUAAGGUCCGCAGGGACGCACCAGUUCGCCGCUCGCGGGUCGACGCCGGCCCGCGCCCCAGCGCCCCAGCGCCGCCGGAAACUGCAAGCCCGGAUCGCGCAAGUUCCCGCCUCCUCGCCCCGACGCCACCAGCGGCCCGGUACCGCGGCGAUCCGAUUCCCCCUCGCCCCUUGUUCUAAGGGGGGACCGGAAGGCCGGGCCCGUUCCCGUUCUGCGGUUUUAUUCCCCCCAACUUCCUCGGGACCCCGGACCCCUCGGCGUCCCCUGUUCCCGGGGGAUGACGGGUGGACGGGCCGGGCCUCGGGUGACCCUUCCCCGUCGAGUCGUGCUCCGGAUCCCCUAGCCGGGAGCAGAUCCCAGAUCCCCCCCCCGCCGGGCCGAUCCCAGGGAAAUGUCGGCCAAGGCGCCCAUCUACCUGAAAAGGGGCAGCCGCAAGGGGAAGAAGGAGAAGCUCCGGGACCUGCUGUCCUCGGACAUGAUCAGCCCCCCCCUGGGCGACUUCCGGCACACCAUCCACAUCGGCAGCGGCGGCGGGGAGGGCGACCUCUUCGGGGACCUGUCCUUCCUGCAGGGCAAGUUCCACCUGCUGCCCGGCCGGCAGCGUCCCGGCGAGGGCGCCUUCGAGUUCGCCCGCACCGCCAGCGUCUGCGGGGGGCACCCCGCCUCCCCCUCCUCCUCCUCCUCCUCGUCCGAGAGCUCGCCCCUCCUGAAGAACGCCAUCUCGCUGCCCGUCAUCGGCGGCGUCCAGGCCCUGACGCUACCCGCCGCCCAGCCCCCGCCCAAGCCCCCCCGCCUGCACCUGGACGAGAGGCCGGCCCCC